AUGCCCCCCAAAAAGAGGAAUGAAUCGACACAUAAACAAGAUACGCAAUCCGGAGCUGAGAGUUCGCCACAGGCAGAACCGGAUCGAGAGGCACGUCUGCAGAAGGAGUAUGACGCGCUCAUUGAAGAAUUGAACGGCCUGAGAACAAAACAAGAAUAUAUGACCUACUUGGCAAAGAGGACCCAGAAACGUCAAAAUGCCAUCAUUACGCUUAGUGACCAAAACAGGAAGGAACUGGAGCAGCUGAAGAGAGAGAAAGAGGAGAUGGUGGAGAACUACAACCGACAGGCCGAGGAGCUGAAGAAGGAGAUUUUGAAGAGGGAAAGUGAGCUUGCUCUUCUGAACACUGAGAUUGCUGGUCUCACAGAAUUUAAGAGCUUGCAGCAGCAGCAGUUGAGUCGUAUUGCUGAGUUGGAGCAGGAGGUGUUUACAUUGAAAUGCAGUCAUUCAGAGUGUCUGCGGAGACUGAGGGCUGACUUCCUGGCUGAGAGGGCGAGGUAUGAGGAAGAGGCCAAAGACAAGAUCCAGGCACUUACCCUUAAAGCCAAACAGGAUGUGGCUCAUUAUCUGAUAACCCACACGCAGGAGAUACAUCAGGAGAACCAGCGCCUGUGUGAGGAGUUGCAGUAUCUCAUUGAGAGAUCUCAGUCUCUACACAAACGCCAGCAAAAGCUGCAGACGCAGCAUCAGCAGCUGCUCACGGAGAGAGAAUACGUUAAGGAUCUGCGCCGCCUUCGCACUUCGAUGCUCUCCCACAAAUCACCACAAGAGGGCGCCAACAUCGAGAAGACGCAUAAUGAGGCUGCAACCAAAUCAUCGCGUGAGUUUAUGUCAUACAAUAACAUUUUUACUGAUCUGGCCCGAACGGAACAGCGAGGCACAAAGCUGUGCCAUGCUAUAAGGGAGGCAAAGCAGAGAUAUGCACAGAAAUCUCGACUUCUCCACUCGAAAGGUGCAGACCAGUUGCAGGUUGUUGGUCCAGAUGGUCCUCUUGUUGUUGAAGCUGGUGAAGAUCUGAUUCUGCCCUGUUCUCUCAAACCCAACAUCAGUGCUGUGGACAUGACAGUGGAGUGGUAUAGGCUCCAUACAUCAGACUCACUGGUGCAUUUAUACAAAGAUGGUGUUGAGAAUAAUGAAAAGCAGAUUCAGUCUUACAGAGGGAGGACAUCACUGUUUAAAGAGGAACUACAGAAAGGCAACACUUCAUUAAAACUCUCCAGAGUGAAAGUCUCUGAUGAGGGAAAAUACAAAUGUUAUAUUCAGACAGAAGACUGGUCUGAUGAUGUUACUGUUCAAGUCAAUGUUGAAGCUGUGGGAACACAUCCAGUGAUCUCUAUGGAAGGCUACAGUAUUGGUAAAGGACUCAGUCUACUGUGUGAAAUUAAAGGCUGGAACCCUGAACCUGAAGUUCUGUGGCUGGACAGUGAUGGAAACCUUCUCCCUGCUGAAGAUACAGAGACACUCAGAGACACAGAGAAAUUCCAUGUUAAAAAACGUGUCACUGUACAGGACAGUAACACCAACAGGUUCUACUGCAGAGUAAUACUGUCAGAUCAUAUGAGGGAGACAGAGAUUGUUAUAUCAAUAAAGAGCUUGCAGCAGCAGCAGCUGAGUCGUAUUGCUGAGUUGGAGCAGGAGGUGUUUACAUUGAAAUGCAGUCAUUCAGAGUGUCUGCGGAGACUGAGGGCUGACUUCCUGGCUGAGAGGGCGAGGUAUGAGGAAGAGGCCAAAGACAAGAUCCAGGCACUUACCCUUAAAGCCAGACAGCUGUUGGAACCUACCUUGCAGCAGAGUGGGUUUAAUGGGAAAACAGAGUUUAACAGGACCCAAAGAAAAUAUGCAGUGGAUGUGACUCUGGAUCCCGAUACAGCAAAUCCUUACUUCGUCCUGUCUGAUGAUGGGAAACAAGUGAGAUAUGGAGACACACGACAGAAUCUCCCUGACAACCCAAAGAGAUUUGAUUGUUGGCUCAGUGUCCUGGGAAAGGAGGGGUUCUCCUCAGGGAGAUUUUACUAUGAGGUGCAGGUCAGUGGGAAGACUGAGUGGAUUUUAGGAGUGGUCAGAGAGUCAGUUAACAGGAAGGGGUUCAUUACACAGUGCCCUGAGAAUGGACACUGGACUGUAGGGAGGAAGGGGAAUCAGUAUAAGGCUCGUGAUGAUCCCUCUGUCCUCCUCUCUCUGAAACAAAACCCCCAGAAGGUGGGGGUGUUUGUGGAUUAUGAGGAGGGUCUGGUCUCCUUUUAUGACGUGGAGACCAUGUCUCAUAUCUACUCUUUCGCUUGUCAGUCUUUCACUGAGAAACUUUAUCCGUGCUUCAAUCCCUGUGACAACGAGACUGGUAAAAAUUUAGAUCCACUCGUCAUCACUUCUGUCAAUCACAGUGAAUGA